AUGAGUGUCAAGUAAACUAAGAAAUAAAUUGCUAACCUAGUUGUAGACUGUAGCAUGAAGUACGUCAGUGUGAUGAAAUUUUUUGAUCUCAUGAAGAUCUAACAAUAACACUAUACAGAUUUUACAUAUGCAGGAAAUGGAGCAUUUGCAUUUGUGCUUAAAGCAAAUAACAAAAAAAUAAACUAAAUCGUAGCUCUCAAAGUCGUUGAAUGCGAUAGUAAUAAUAUACCCUUAAUGGAGGAAGUGUAGAAAGAAUAUGAAAUGCUCCAAUAACUAUCUAGUAAGUACAUCGUUAAGGUAUUUGGUAGUUUCUUUUUAACAGUAGAAGAUAACUCUGAUGAUGAUGAAAGCAAUAAUGAGGAGGAAAAAACUGUUGAAAAUAAAAUUAAAAAGGAGAAAAAUGAGAGAAAGAUUUUCUUUGUAAUAGAACAAGAAUUCUGCUAAAAUUCAAAAAUUUUAUAUAAGGUUUGA